AUGGAUCCCAAAGGCCAGAGAGUGAAGCUUAAUGAUGGCCACUUCAUUCCUGUCCUGGGAUUUGGCACCGCUGAAACUAAAGAGGUUCUUAAGAGUGAAGCUCUGGAAGUCACCAAAUUCGCUAUAGAGGUUGGGUUCCGCCAUGUUGACAGUGCUUAUUUGUAUCAAAAUGAGGAGCAGGUUGGCCAGGCCAUUCGAAGCAAGAUUGCAGAUGGCACUGUGAAGAGACAAGACAUAUUCUACACUUCAAAGCUUUGGUGCACCUUUCUUCGGCCAGAGCUGGUCAGACCAGCCUUGGAAAAGUCACUGAAAAAUCUUCAACUGGACUAUGUCGAUCUCUAUAUUAUUCAUUUUCCACUGGCUAUGAAGCCAGGGGAGGAAUUGUUUCCAAAAGAUGAAAAUGGAAAACUGAUGGUUGACUCGGUGGAUCUCUGUCACACAUGGGAGGCCCUGGAGAAGUGUAAGGAUGCAGGGUUGACCAAGUCCAUUGGGGUGUCCAACUUCAACCACAAGCAGCUGGAGAAGAUCCUGAACAAGCCGGGACUCAAGUAUAAGCCUGUCUGCAACCAGGUGGAAUGUCACCCUUAUCUCAUUCAGAGCAAACUGUUGGAUUUCUGCAAGUCACAUGAUAUUGUUCUUGUUGCCUACGGUUCUCUGGGAUCCCAACGAAUAAAAGGAUGGGUGAAUCUGAACCACCCCGUUCUCUUGGAGGACCCAGUUCUCUGUGCCAUUGCCAAAAAGCACAAGCAAACUCCCGCACUGGUUGUCCUUCGCUACCAGAUACAACGUGGGGUUGUGGUUCUAGCCAAGAGUUACAACAAGAAGCGGAUCAAAGAAAACAUAAAGGUAUUUGACUUCGAGCUGACUCCAGAAGACAUGAAAACAAUUGAUGGCCUCAAUAGAAAUAUAAGAUAUAAUGAGAUACUAUUUGGUGCCGGUCACCCUGAGUUUCCAUUCUCUGAAGAAUAUUGA